GAUCCCUAUAGUCACAAAGCGAUUUCGUGGGCACCUUUCUAUGCGGCCGGCGUUUAACGAAUUGUGUUGCUGCCGGCAGCGCCGCUACCCAUCGAUCUACUGUUGACAGCUGCGCCAGAUGUGAGCCGUGUAGCGAAUGUCUCUUCCCGCCAUGCUGAGCCCGCGUGCACAACAACAAAAGGACGACUGCACACGAGGCUCGGCGCUUCCGGCCGUUAUCGGGCCCGUGCGUAGCUUCCGGCAAUCAGGCGGAUAAGGGCGCCUCGAUAGCGUCAGUGCAGAGGAAGCAGCGAUCUGACGUGCGCUCUUUGUCCCCCGGAGUCUCGCUGGAAAGGGAAGAGCCAACGCUCGAGCUGGACUGCGCUGGGUGGACGAACGUCAAGGCGUCGGAAGAAAGUGAGCAGACGCCGCCUGGUAGAAGCCUUCCCGAAGUCGCGGACACUUUAGGGGACCCACUCCGGAGACGCCCAGCUCUGGCCGACCCCGUGAAGCGAGGGAUGGUCCAAGCCCCGCUGUGCCGCGCCUCGCUGCUCGUGAGCUGCUCCCGAGCCGCCAAGCCCUGGCUCCUGCGGGACCAAAUCCUGAGACAAGGCCUUGCGCUUUAACCUCGCCGAGGACCUCGACGGCUGGUGAAGACCUCGAGGUCGACCUGAAGGAACGUCGCGGUCCGACGUCUAGGAGCUCCCCGAACGACCUGCUCUACAACGCUGGCUGCCAACUUUCCAGCUCAACAGCCCCGGGCUGAAGCAUGCCGCCGCAGAAUGAAAGCUUGGAGCCUGCCAAGACCGGGAGCAGCAUCGUUGACUCCGUCGAGAGCAGCGACGACUUGGUCCAGACAGCCGCGGCAGCAAUGCUGGACCUGAGCGCGGCAGAGCCUGGCCUGGCCACGAUACACGGCGUCCGACGGGGCCUCCCGAAGGACCCCGAGGACCUCCGAUCGUCCAGGGCGGCCAUAUCGGAAAAGCUCGUCCUCCUGGAGAAGGCACCGGAGGCCCUGGACGAGUUCUCGUGCCUGCUAGGCACUCCGCACCAAGAGUCCUGCUACGUGUUCUUGGCUCAGGUGUUCCCGUCCUUCAUGCUUGCCGGAGCCGGCAUGGUGGUGGCGGGACUGCUCUUGGACAUCGUACAGUCGUGGCAAGUCUUCAUCAAGGUGCCUCAGCUCUUCGUCUUGGUGCCUGCACUGCUGGGCCUCAAAGGAAACCUGGAAAUGACUCUGGCCUCGCGGCUCUCGACACAGGCCAACCUAGGAAAAACGGAAUCCAUGGUGGACGUCUUCAGGCUCGCUUGUGGCAACAUGGCUUUGCUUCAAUGCCAGUCCGUGGUGGUUGGCACCCUGGCCUCGUUGUACGCCAUCGCCACUUCCCUGGUGGCGUCCGAGGAUGUGUCAAUGCGGUGCGGAAUUCUCGUCGUGAGCAGCAGCAUCAUCACUGCGUCGUCUGCGAGCCUCCUUCUGGGCGGCAUUAUGAUCAGCGUGGUGGUGUCGUCCAAGUGCUGCCGCCUGAACCCCGACAACGUGUCCAUUCCCAUCGCGGCUGCCCUCGGGGACGUCAUCACCCUGGGACUACUCGCCUUUGUCAGCGCCGCCAUUUUCCAGUUCCUAGACGCCCUUCCAUGGAUUUCCCUUCUGGUGUCUGGGCCGCUGGUGCUCCUGCUGCCUGUCUGGACGUACGUGGCAUACAAGAACCAGGACACCCGAGACGUGCUCUCUUCCGGGUGGUUGCCCAUCAUCUCCGCCAUGCUUAUAUCAAGUUUGAGCGGCAACAUCUUGGAUGUCGCCAUUAAGAAGUUUCCAAACAUGGCAGCUUUUCAGCCGCUCAUGAACGGUCUUGGCGGCAACCUGGCAGCUGUGCAUGCCAGCCGCAUGUCAACUCUCCUGCACCGGCAGAGGACUUACCGGGACAAGUCGGUCCAGGGGGCUGCACUCAACGGAGGCGCGUCCAUCAGCCUCUCUGACAGCACCAUUCUCGGCGCCAGCAGUCGCAGGGGAUUCAUUCUGGCUGCGCUGGUGGUGCCGGGCCACCUGGUGUUCAUGAACCUCGUAUCGCUGGCCAAAAGUGGCACCCCGACUACCAACGUCGGUUUCAUCGUACUCUUCUGCACGGCCGGUCUCGUACAGGUGAUAGCACUGCUGUUCGCCGCACGUGCUAUCGUGGGCGCCCUGUGGCGGCGCAAUUUGGAUCCGGACUCCACGGCCAUUCCUUACGUCACCGCCCUCGGAGAUCUGUUGGGCACGGCUCUGCUGGCCCUUGUAUGCUGGGUCCUGCUGGGAACCGUCGGCUGAGGUCCCCGGAGAUUGGCGUACGCCGCUGGUCCACGAUGCAGUUGACUGUGGAGGGCCCCGAAACAAACAAAAUAUAUUCCCAGUCACGCGUGGCACGUUCACGUGAUAGGCCGCUCUCUCUGCCUCUAGUCGAUUUUCUGCGGUCAUCUAUGUACGAUUUCACGACAGCUGGGUCGAAUCAGGCUCGAAAUAUUUGAAUUAUAUGCUGAACCAACAGCAAAAAUUUGACAGCAGAUGGUCACGUAACUAAUAGACCUAUUGCUAUAUUACCCAAGCAUCAAGGAGAAUGCAGGGAUUGGUGUUCCACGCGCCACACGUGCUGGCCUCAGCAGAAGUAAACUUUCUAAAGCAAAUGCCUAAAACAAAUUGUAUCUUGCACGCGCGUUCUUCGACGCUUUAUUUUGGGUAUUUACUUCGAAUCUUUUAUACGGGGAAGGCGUGCGCGUGUGACGCGUGGAACACCUAUCCCUGCAUUCUCCUUGAUGCUUGGAUAAUAUAGCAAAUGGUUUAUUGCUUGUGAUCUCUUCAAUGCAAUUUUACUUGCAUACAGCUCUUGGUUUUGAAGACGUUUCAACCCUGCGUUUUGAACCUACUGCUAGAUUGUUUUAUGACCUCUUUCAUAAGAGAAACAACACAUUUUAAUUUAAAUUGGCGAAACUUUUAAACGAACAGAAUGUGUAACUGCGUUGUUCUACGUUUGUUCUGUGUAUAUUAGCGAUGUGCAAAAAAAUACAAAAAAAACACACGAACAACUUGUGAAAAUGUGAUUGCGAAUAAUAAAGAUUAAAAAUGGUA